AGGGGAGUGUUGUGUGUGAACCAAGACACUGCUAUACACUGUAGCAGAGCUGGAGCGUACUGGACUGUACUAACUAGCGUAGCAUCUACACUGCCUAUGAGGGUGGGGUCCGGCUUUACAGAAAUCUGAGACACAGAAAGCAAGAGAUAGAGGGAGAGAGAGAAGAGGAGGGAGAUUGCACCAGGAGAGGAAGACAACAAGGGAUGAAAGGAGAUACCCCAGUAAAUAGCACAAUGAGUGUCGGUCAGGCCAGGAAGCUGGUGGAGCAGCUGAAGAUUGAAGCCAGUAUGUGUCGGAUCAAGGUGUCAAAGGCAGCGGCAGACUUGAUGGCAUACUGCGAUGCCCAUGCCUGUGAGGACCCUCUCAUCUCUCCCGUGCCAACCUCUGAAAACCCUUUCAGGGAGAAGAAGUUCUUCUGUGCCCUCCUCUGAGCAAAAAGAGUGGUCGAGAAGGGUGCUCAAUACCAACAAAAAUAACAGCAGAUAACAGUUUUACAUACAUACACUCUGUAUAAAUAACAUAGCGAGACACAGUGAGUAGUUUUUGUUUAUACUGUAUUUUCUUUUUUUAAAACAAGUUUAGUAAUUAUGACAGUUCUUAAGCUUAAAUGGACCAACCUUGUAAGGUUUGAAAAACUUAGAUCAUACCCCAGCAGGUUUUCAGCACUCAUAGUUUAAUGUGCUUAUCUGAAGUUGAAUUUUCACGUGGUAAAUGUGAAAUUUGCUUGGUUAACUGUCAGUUAUAUCAUUACCCACCACAAAUUGCAUUGAACCAAAACUGCAUUUUGGCACAAAAUCUAUGAAUCAGUUGUUCCCCAAAGAUGACAUUAUGUUAUAAUUGACAA